UCAAAAGUCUCUCCAGCUGUUAAAGCCGACUGACAGCUGAUCACAGCUGUGACCAGCUGAUCCAGCUGUGAACAGAAACAAACGUGUGGCUUCACGAGACGCUUCAGAGGAAAGGAUGUCUCAUUUAUCUUCAAACAUCUUUUCUUGUUUCCUCUGUCCUCGCAUGGUUUUGUGAGUGAACAAGUGAGGGAAACGCGGUGAAAAUGAGAGACUUGGGAUGUACCCCUAGUCUGCAGAGACAGGAAAGGUCACACACGGUUUUACUGCACAUGUAUAAUUCAAACUUAUCCCAUUUACCUUGCAGAGUAAGGGUUAAAAGCAUGGGUUAGCUUGAUACUUGUGGAAUACACAGCAUAUCCAGCUGUGCCUUAAUCUGCCUGUAGUUUAUUUAGGAAGACCAGAGAGAGGCCUCCAGAAGGACAGACCGAGUGAGAGGAAGAGAGACGAGGCUUGUGGUUGAAGUGUGUUGUGUUCAAGUGGCUCUAAAUGGUUUCAUACUAUGUUAUUAUGGAGUUAUUCCAAAGAGGCCGGUAUGCCAAAGCAAAGAAACACGUUGGUUAAACACGUUGACUGUUUCACUGCAGCUGGAGAGAGGAAGCAAAUCUGCAUUUAGAUGCUAUUCAUGUGCUCAUUUUUCACUGACUGUUCUUUUCCAACGGCGGCAAAGGAACCCAGAACAGCUAAACUCAAACAAGACACUGCUUCUGCCUCACAUUUAAAUGUCAACGUUGGGAAUACAAUUGGCCAAAUGAAACUGGACUACCCAAUCAGAGAAGACACGUUUAGGCCAUCGCUGAGUGCUCCAACCAACAUGAAGAUUUGUGUGUUUGUGUAUGUGUUGUUACAUUAUAGUUUAUACAUGCAUGCUUGCAUUUUAAAGGUGAAGUAGUGUGAGUGUGUGCCGUGUGUGAUGGUGUACACUUUGCCCGAGGACAUGAUGAACUGCACCAUCAAGCAUGAAAUCCACCAGUACCUCUUCUCCUGUGUGUAUAUACUUGUACUAUUGGUGGGCGUUCCCUCCAACCUGUACUCUUUGUACCACGCUGCUCUGCAGCUGAAGCAGAAGAAUGAGCUGGGAGUGUAUCUAAUGAACCUCACCGUGUCUGAUCUGUUAUACCUGGCAUCGUUACCGCUGUGGCUACAGUACUUCUUUCAGGACGAUGACUGGAGUCACAGGGAGUGGUUGUGUCAGCUCUGCGGCUUCCUGCUCUAUGAGAACAUCUACAUCAGCAUCGGUUUCCUGUGCUGUAUCAGCCUGGAUCGCUACCUGGCUGUGGUCCACCCUUUAAGGUUCACCUCUCUCCGCUCUAUGAGUGCAGCGUGGCUUGUUAGCAUCAUCAUCUGGCUGAAAGAGAUCGCCGUCGGUGUGGUUUUCUUUCGUCACAAAGAACUGAGCAGAGACCGCAAGAACCAAUCGGUGUGCUUCGAGCACUACCCCAUGCAGCCGUGGGAGUAUCCCAUCAACUAUUACCGCUUCACUAUUGGCUUCAUGUUCCCGCUGGCUAUUCUAUCGAUCAGCUACCUGUGUGUUCUUCGUGCCGUGGGUCGGAGUGCUGGGACUCAGCCGGAUCAGAAGACGAGGAUCAGGCAGUUGGUCAGCAGCACCGUCCUCAUCUUCCUCGUCUGCUUCUCCCCCUACCACGUCUUCCUGUUAAUACGCACCCUGCUGGAGCGAGACUGCAACUUUAUCUCAGAAAUAUUUAACUACUACCAUCUGUCAUUGUUGCUGACCAGCCUGAACUGCGUGGCCGACCCUGCUCUCUACUGCUUCGUAAGCGAAAGUGCCCGCCGCAGCCUCUACAGAGUCAUAGUCAGGCCAAUCGCUAGGAUACUGUGCUGCUGCUGUCGCCGAGGCAACACCAACCCCGCCAACCCAGCCACUGAUUCCCACGAGGUCGCCACCGACGAGAACAACGGCUAUCCGACUGUGAUGCUGCUCACGCACACGAGCACACUCAACAACAUCAAAACAGACACUUCUUGCAAAAAAACUAUUUUAAUCACACAGACUGGUGAAAAAACUAUCACACCCUUCAUUGUACAGAAGUAUGGACACUCUGACAGACGUGUGGACAGGGAUGGAAAGCUCAGCUGUGUGAUAGCCAUGAAAGAGCAGAGCCAAGAUACAGAGAGGACUGAGGAGACUGACAGCUAAAAGAAUCCAGUAAGCAGGCAGGGACCAAACCAGUAGAGGCCUCAGAGCAGUGGGAUUAGGAUUAAGGCUGCCCGUGAAGGAUCAAUCUAGCAGUGGCCCUAAACAGAGCCUACUGCCCACUCAGCUGUGUUUACAUCAUCACCAUCAUCAUCACCAUCAUAUAAUGACAUUGGACAGAAAACAUUAUCUGGAGUGGUUUUACUGAGUUCUGAUACGUCUACGAUGACGACUACGUUGCCUUUGUAAAUGCCCAGUUUACAUUUCUCUGGUUUGUAGACGUGGGAGCAAAAUGGAGGUGCAGUUUGAGAUUGACAGAAUGUCCUAAUGCAUCAGGAGGUGACAGUUAUUAGCCUUUAAUGAAUUGGCCAUUUAGGUUUUUUUUUUGCUUCACAAACAAUAGCACAAUGCUACUACUUUCUAAUACGAUACCCUUUAUGAAGGGGUAUUUGUAAAUAAUAGUUUUAUUAAUGGUUAUGAAUCCAUAACUAAAGCUUUUUAGAUCACUUAUAAGCAACCAUUAAGAACAAUGUUGCAGGUGGGCACCAUGAAAAUAAGUCGGUCUACCUCCAAGACAAGAAUAGAUAACUAUUACCAUAACUGUUAAAUUAUGCUGUUUUGGGUCUUUCAUAGCCAGACCUAUCUCCACUAGACAGGUCCACACAAAUUGUCAUUCUGGGAUAUGGGGGAAAAACACUCUGGCUUGUUUGUCUCUCUUAAGCCAAUCACAAUCGUCCUGGGCGGUGUAAGCUCAGGAUUCAGAGAGGAUGCCCUUGCAAAAUGGAUUGGGGGAUGAGGAAGCCCGGAGAGAUACGCGGCGGGUUAUUCCCACAGUCAACAUCCCGUGAGUCGCUCUUAACUGCGUUACAGGCACCAGUUAUUUUAACUUAUGGCUAACUAAAAGCAGCUAGCUUCAUAGGCCCCACCCCCUGCUCUGAGCAGCUCCACUGUGACAGAGGAGGAUCAUGGAUGAGGAAAAACAAAAAACAGAAAACCAUUAAUAAAACUAUCAGUUAAUCUCCAUAAUGUGGAUUAUUAUCUCUUCCAAGAAGCAAUCUAUAAUGUGACAUUUACAUUUUGGACACAUUCCUCUUGCCGUUGUACUAGUAGAAGUUGAAAUGAUUAUCUAAUCUUAUAUUUAUGAGGAUGUAACCGCAGGCAGAAACCCUUUAAUAUUGAUAAGAAAUCAGUUAAUUUGUAACCCGUACACAAUUCUUUCUCCCAUAUAAUACGGAAAAAUAGCUGUUUACAAUAAAUCGACGGUGUGAGAUAAAGUAACAGCACAGAGCAUUGAGAACAAGCAUGAUAACAAGUUCAGUUGGAGUGGUGCUGCAUUGAGACCACGUCCUGUGCCCGGUGGCUAAUUGUUUUGAUCAGUCACAGGUGUAAGGAAUAUUUACGGUGCAGCUAUACAAUGUCUGUCAUAAUAAAAGUAAUGGAGUUCCUCAUGUUUGCUGUGUUGUUCGAUGAGGAAAAAAAGUCUUAGCUUCUUAUGGAACUGAAGAGAUUUAAGUUAUUCAUUAAUAUAACAGAAAUCUACCAUCUACCAACCUUCUACAGUAUUGUGUUUAGCAUAAUGUAACACGCAUGGACUUCAGCAUCGUGGCAUUGAAUUGGAGAUCAUUCACUUUAAAGCAACACUGUGUAACUUUUGGAACUGCGUAACGGCCAAUAUGGCCAAUAAUUGACAAAUCAUGGAUGAUGGUGACUGCUGAAACCCAGCGUAACAGCAGCUGACUGAGCCACUAACGUUUGCCACACAGCGAGGGCUACCUAAACUUUACUCUCGUUACGGGCUAGUAGCAUUAGCCCCCAUAUGCUAGUGGUCCUACCAGACCAAACAUGGCUGGUAUGGCCUUCAUGCUUUUAAUUGUGCAAGAGUGCUUAUGAGUUUAACUUGUUAUUUGUAACAGGAUACCUUUUAUGUAUUUGUUCAAAGGUUGUACAGUCUUGCUUUAAACAGUAAUCUCUUCAUCAUUUGACCGGACUGUCCUCCUUUUUGCUUGUUUCACAACUUUAACUUCAACUUUAACAUUAAACCUUGAAAUGUUACAUUUGUUUAGUUUUUUCAAAAGUGCUGCUAUUUAUUGUUGAAUAUCUUUGAAAAGAUACCAGUCAUUUCAAGAGAUGAUACUAUUUGCAAGCAAAUGUCUUUGGGUGACGUUGGUGUCAGUGAAUGCAGCAUGUGACAGGCUUUAAAGCGCUCGGUCUGUGUUCUUUAACGUUGGCAUGCAGCUGUGUUUAGAGAGAAUCCGUAUCAAAGGAAACAACCUCUAAUGCAUGCAAAUAGCUACACAUGUCGUGGUUGUAAAAGUGUACUUAUAUCAAAAUAUAGCAUUACUUUAAAUGGUAUACAAAUUUGAAAUGAUUGUCAAAAUUCCAGAAAUAUGAAUUAACUUUAUGGUGCAAGAUUUCAUUCUUACAGAGAUGUAACAAUAUAGUGAAACUCAUUUGUUAUGGAACUAUAACAUGAUGGUCAAAAAUCUAACAUGAUGGUCAAAAAGGACAGCGUCUCUUUUUUCUUUUUAAAUGGUGUGUGUACACAUGCAGCAGCAGUGCAAUGUGUGUGUGUGUGUGUGUGU